GAAAAAAGAUUUUUUCUUUUUUUCCAUUUUCGAAACAAACAAGGAUCGUUUAUUACGAAAUGAUUUAAAUUAUAUAUGGACAACCAUUGAAAUUCUAAUUGAAUUUAAUUUCAAUUACAGGAUUAAUACAUAAAUUUCUCGAUUGAGAAAUUGCACGAUAUCGAUCGAUCCGUUGACGUAUUAACGCGUAAUUUUAUUUUUAUCUUCUUUACUCGAUCGACCGUUACCAAUGUGUCUGCUCUAUCGUUUUUUUUCUUUUUUUUUUUUUUACGACUUCCAAAUUGUAAAAAAUGGUUUCUUACGGAAACCAAGUUUAGAAAUUCGAAUCGAAUACCGAAUCAAUCUGUCCGAACGAAUCGAAUUGAUUUGAUUGAACGAAUAGUCGAAUUCCAAUUCGCUCGUCGUCCAAGACAAUCCCUCUUUUCGACAAUCGUUCAACAAUCGUUUCUUUAGAAAUCUGAGCGAAAUUUCCACAGGAAGUGCAAAUACGCGUGGAAAAUCAUUCGCACGGCUGCGACACGAGUUGGAACGAGGCGAGGAGCGUGUAAUUCUCGAAUCGACGCGUGCAACCAUCCUCCCCUCCCUCCCUUCCCCGUCUGCCGACGAAAUUUCCUGCCUAAAUCGGGGAUAUUGUGAGCUUGAUUACUUCGAUAUAGAUAUUGCGUUACAGUCAUGGCUGGGGGCGUGUAAUCGAACUCGGUACACGGAGUCUCGUAAACUCGAUGAACUUGAAAGACGAACCUGCCGCCGAAGUCCUGAACUUCUGACGGGGUGCAAUGUUAGCACUUUGCCAUCGAGUUCCAUCCGCCCCGCUCCCUCGCGAAACAUCGUUGCCCCCGCCUCCUAUUCCACGAUUUCCCCGGAUAAUUGAUUUUCACCGUGCAAACGUGCUCGAGGAUCGUCGAGCGAGUGCUGCACGCUUCAAAAUUUCCUCGACCGUCGAGUUUUUCAUCCCCUUGCUUUUCUGCCGAUGCAAGAAUUAAAAACGAAUUUAACUUUGGCGUCCCAACGUUGGAACGAAAAGAGAAAAAAUGGAGAAAAGAAAGAAAUAUCGUGUUGAAGACGAUUGCAGAGAAGACAGGUUUAAUUUGUAAACACAAACAUUCUCAACGUUACGAUACUCCGUACGAGAGAAAUAAAGAUCCUCCCGAUUAAGUUAAUCCCGUAUAACGAUCUAUAUCUGGAUGUAUAUUUUUAGGGGAAAAAAAAAAAGAAAAACUCGCCAUCGUAAAGUAAAGACGGAAUGGAAGAAGAAAGGGGAAGAGAAGUGGAAUCACAGGCACGGGGGAACACGAAACAUUUGGCAGGCACGCGAGAAAAACGACCAGCCCCAUUGAUAGCCCAUUAAUUCCCAGUAAUGAUCCAAUUACCGCGCCAGAGACGGCCCUUUCGAACACCUAUUCGCCGCCUUGGAGCGUGUUCGUGCGCAUCAGUCACGUUCCAGGGCAUUGAGCAAGAUCCAAGUGUACCCGGCCUAACCGAACCGUAACCAGACCGCAGUUGCAAAUCAACCCCCGCCCCCUCCACCACCUCCCCUCCCUCCCUUCGGCUCAAAUAUUAAUUCAAUAGGAGGCGGUCGUCGUAGUAACGCCGUAAACACCGCCGUUCCCGUAUUCCGUCGAUCGUCCAUCCGUCGGGUCGAGAGAGGAUCCGUGAUAACAGAUCGAAGGCGAAACGAAAUUUCUAACCCUCUCUGCAAAUCCUGAGCCGCGAAGGAGGGAAAUCAUGAGUUUCUUCAAGUUGGAGGAGGUGCAAUGCGGCCCCCUCAAGCCGAGGAAACGCAACGCGGUUGCCAUCGGGAGCCCGAACGUGUGGUGGGGAUACAGAUUGCAGGAGAGGACCGGUUGCAAGAAGGUCCCUAUCCCCGAAUCGUACGAGAACUUCGAGGAGGAGAGGAGGAGGGACUCUGAGCACGUGACGAAGAUCAUGGAGUUCGAGAAACACUCGAACUGGAGGAUCAGGAGGAAGGGUAUCAGGCAGCACGUUCAGCAAGGGUUGAUGUCUCACGAGGACAUGGUGAACGUACGUCGGGAAAAAUUGCGAGAGAUACUGUUGAAGGAAGAGAUGGGGUUGAUCCACGAGGUGAUAGACCAGGCUCAGCACGGUGACGACGCAAGAAUGGACGAUAUGCGGCGCACGAUAGAAGAGAUACACAAGGAAGAGGAGGAGCAACGGUUGGCCCUGCUGGCCCAGAAGAGGAUGCAGCAAUACGUGAUGGGGAGCGCGUUACUCCGGGAGGAAUUGUCGAAGAAGGCUAUAAUCGAAGCGAAACAAAUCAAUCUCGCCCAAAUGGCGGAGAACGAAGUUAAGAGGCAGGCCGAGAAAGAAUUGGAUGAUUUCUGGCACCAGAUGAUGCUGAAAGAGGUGCAGGCGAAGAUGCAGAGGGAUGUAGAGGAAACGAAGAGGCGUUGCCUCCUCCAAGAGAACGACACUCACGUUUUGAUGAAACAGAUGGCAGGGAAAUCGGCUAUGGAGGAGCAGAAGAAGCGGAUAUGGCAGGAAGAUGUGGAGCACACGGCACGUUUACGGGAGGUGAUUCGCAAGGAGGAGCUGGACAAGAUGGAGAGAGAUCGCCAGAAGAAGGAAGAGUUGAAGAAGGAAUUGCUGGAACAGAUUCGGCUGGCCAAGACGAGGUUGGCGGAGGAGGAUCGCCACGAGAAAGAGAUGGACCGGUUGAGAGCGCUUAUCACCGCCGAGGAGUUGGCCAGGGAGGAGGCCGCCAUCGUGGAGACCACCGCGGCUUUCCGCAGCGAGUUGUUGGCUCAUUUGGAAUAUUUGGAAACUUUGAAGAAACAGGAGGAGAAGAGGAACAUAGAGAUCGACCGGCUGGUGCAACAGUCGCUGAACGAGGCCGCAGCAAGACGCGAUAAGGCGGUGAAGAAGUUCAAGGAGGUUAGGCAGAAGCUCAUGCAGGACGUGUUGGAGGGCCGCGAGAAACAGUUGAGGAUGAAACGCGAAAUGGAGAAGAAGGAGGAGGAAGAUCGUUUGUUGGAGAAGGAGAUGUUGGAAAAGGAGAUAGAAAUGGAAGCCAAGUUGACCGCCAACGCGAAGAAGGAAGAGAGGGAGAGGGUAUUGUGCUACAAGAAGGAAUUGGAGGAGCAGUGGAAGUUGAAAGACGAGACGCGGCGUAAAGAAAUCGAGGAAGGGAAGAAGAUGUAUUUGGAAGAAUUGAAACGUCAAGAUGACGAGUAUAAUAAAAUGAUGGACGUUUCGCAAAUUGCCGUCUCGCAUCCGUUUAAGAUUUUGUUGAACGAAUGCGCGACUCGUUAUGCCGCGGAGAAAGAGGGGAAAUGUACCUGUCCUCCUCCGUUAGACGAGUAGAAAAUCGCGCGAUUUGUAUUCUACGAUUUCAAUUUUAACGAUUUUAGAACGUAUUCUAUUCGUUUAUUACAAAAUGAUAUACAUAUAUACAUAUAUACUUGCCGUUUUAAAAUACGAAUUUUCCCGCUUCGAGAAGAUCCACGAUCCACGCCGAGUUCCGUUUGAACUAUUCGCGCCAUCUGUGCCAACGUACGAAAACUUUCUCUAUCGUUAAGGUAGAAUUCUGUUUCUCGUUCAUCGAUCUCUUCCCCUUUUUCCUCGUUUUUCUACGGCGCGUAUUCCCUACUGGCGCGAUAUUUAAAAAUGCGCCACGGGAUCGAUGAAAGAAAAAUCGCUCCUUUUCAUCGCUCCGUAACAUCGCUGUUAAAUAAACAGCUGCGAAACAACUAACUCGUGGGUCGAAAACAACACGAGCAACGAUAAAUAAAUCCAUCGAUUUACGAGACAGUUGACCGUAAAUCCAAACCUAUCGAAUUAUAACAAACUGAUGAAAUAAAAUUGGCGCAAAUGUGUCAAACACUCGUAAAUAAUCUCAUCAUCGAUGCGAAUUAUUUUCAGCGACCGAUUAAAAAUAUCGUUUUUCUUUCGCGACGGCAGAUUUAUACUUGAAAAACCGAUCGUCCUUUUUUAUCUUCUUUCCCCCUUCUUUUAUUUUUAACUUUAUUCUUCUUUGUUGUUCCCCCCUCUCCCUUCUUUCUUCUAAAGAGAUACAAGUUGGAACCUCUUUCUCGUCGAAUCCUCUUGCACACCCGCCUUCGAUCCCUUUCACGUGGACAUUGACGUGCAAAUUGACACGCAGAUUGGAUUAAAUAAUAUAACUUGUGCGAUCGGUGCGCGCUACGCGUUAAAUUAGCCGCCGUUUCGUUCGAUUAUCGGAAAACACGCGAAGCGCGAUGGAAAGGAGGGUCGAUUUAACGUGCGCGGUCAAAAAAUUAAAGAGGAAUUAAUCGAGUCGAAGACUCGCUUACAAAUAAUUUAAUCGACGCUUCGAUUUACUCCGUUUUCAAAAAUCUUAUCCCGAUAAUUAAUAACCCCUUUCGAAAAUGUAUUCGAAAAUCUAUUGGAGUGUUAUUAUCAUUUUUUUUUUACGAUUACAUUUACGUCACGAUGGGUUAUCUGUUUACGAUCCCCCGAACACCGCUCUCUUUUAAACGUUUCUCUUCGAAACAGCGCAGAUAUUAUGACGUCGUUUACCUAACUUGCAUGGCAUAUUAUGUACUACCCCCGCUAGUGCUUAUUUUUUACCCCCCUUAUCUUCCCUCGGGCUUCUCCGUAUACAUUUUCGAAAGCGUUGAAGGUAUUCCAGCUAUUCCUGAUAAAUGAUACAAUCUGUGCCUCUCAAUUUAUAUAGAUCUCACCUUGAUCAGCCGACCAAGAUAAUUUUCACGAGGAACAUUAUUUUUACAUCCUCCCUUUAAUUUCUUUUUUUAUUUUUUUUUUCCUUUCUCGUCGAAUCCCUUUAACGACGUAUCGAGAGUCUUACGUUUGCAUUUUUCUCAAGAACGAUGUCGCAAGGAAGGAACUUACCCUCGAUCCUCUCCAUCGAAAAUAGAGAAGAUAGUUCUCCACGAGACGCUUUUAUUUAAACCGCUUUUAACUUUUCCAACUGCUGGCGCAAACUCGAUUUCCCUUUCUAGAAUCUCCGCAUCCCUUGCGAUAGCUCGAUAAAUCGAGGCGGCAAUCCAGCUCGAUGCAGGCCAUAAAAAAUCCAACCCUUUCGUCGAGACGAGAAAAGCUGGGACGCUCCCCAACAUAGCCCCAUGUAUAUUAAAACGUAUCCCCGUGGCUAUAUUAAAAUAUUUCCGUUCGGUCGGCGAGCUCGUCCCAUAAUUCCUCCACCCGUGACGUCGCGUAGUUGCGAAACCGUUCAACGGCGUGGAAAUCCGGAAGUGGUUGGCGCGGGGGGAUGGACACGGGCCCCAAGUCGAAGCUAUUUAACGCGGAAUUUCAACCGCAGACACGGGAUAUGAAUACGGAUAAUAUCCGUGAUUGUCGUCGUGUCUAGGAGAAAAGCGAUUGGAAAAUCACGAUUUCGGGCAGGGGAAUCAUUCUGGUUUGAGUGAUUCCAAGUGUUACAACGAUUCGUUCGAUUUUUCUAAUUUUUUUUUUUUUUUUUUUUUAGCAAGUCGUUGCAAUUUUGUUUCAUAAUUUUGUUUGUCGAAUUGGAUAAUUGUUCGUCGAGUAAUAACAAUGGAAUGAAUUGUGCUUCGAUAUGCCGCAAUUCUCGACUGUUCAUCUCUUUUCUUUUGGUAGUUUAUUUUCAUCUGAGAAGAGAAGAUUCUUUGCUCUUCCAGGAGCGUUUUUACUUUCCUAUUAUUAUCUUCUUCUUUUUUUCUUUCAGAGAGAUUUCAUCCUUUGCGUGUUCUCCCCCUUGCGGGAAAGAUUAAUCGAUUAGAUAGGGGAAGAAGGGUUGCGAGGCAGUAAUUUAUAUAUAUAUAUAUUUUUAAAAAUAUCAGUUAAUUAGAUUUUGAAUUAUUUUAAAAAUUUCAAAAAUUUGGAAAGAUUUGGGAUAUUUUUAAAUAUUCUCGUGGUAAUCGAAUAUUCUUAGUAGAGGAGAUUGAAUAAUUGAUCAGUCCCCGGGAUUCGAUAAACAAGUUUUUUAAACUUGCAACGAACUCCAUUAAGAAUUCAUUAAAAGAUUUCUCCGCGGAAGAUCCUGAUUGGCCCCCGUGACUCCAUUUACUACGUGUACAUUAAAAUAUUCACCCGGACCUCGCCAUACCCCCGCCUCCCCGUCGAUCAGGUUAAUCGAUUUAGUCGCUCUACUUAACCCUUUGCCAACUCAAAAAAAAAAAUAAAAAAUAAUAAAAAUCGACUCAAAAGACCUUCGUUACAAUACCCGACUACCCAUCCCGAAGAUUCAUCGUUCUAUCCUUCAAAGAUAAUGGCGUUAAGCGUUUCGUUACGUUACGUCGAAUCGCUCGUGUUUAACUCUCGUUCGUCACACGCGACGAGAAAAUCUCCAUCUGAUGUUUUCUCCAAUUAAAUCGAGCCGACCGUCUUCGUGAAAGCCACCGAUUGUGAAACUUUCGCCCUUAACGAAGGGCGAGUUAAACCGCGCUCGAUUCCAACAACCGCGUGCAUCCGUUCACGCGUGUGAUUGAUCGAACUGUGUGCAUGCGUCGCGGUUUGUCGGGGAGGGAUCACGUUUGUGAUCUCGAUCGCUUCGAGCCAUGCCCUGGUGGCGGGCAGUGCCCAUUUUCUCCUCGUUUCGCUUCGGUGCCCCGAGGCGGCUGCACCUGCACCCGCGUGCGCGCUUCUUUCUCUUCUUCUUCUUCUUCUUCUUCUCGGACUAAAACGGAAUAAAGAGAAGGAGGAGGAGGAAAGGAUUAUUGUCGAGGAGGGGACGUGGUAACGGGGACGAGGAUAAGAUAAUUCUUCUGUUCGCCGGGGAGGAGAAUGGAAAGGGUUGUUUAAUUUUCAAUGCACAGGAAGUGUAUCCUCGCGCAAGCUUGAGCGGAGCGAGUAUAAAAUCGAAGGGGGAGGGGGAAAUAUCUAUUUUUCUUUUCUUCGGGGAAAAUGAGGAAGAAGAGAGAUCCUACAUAAAGUUAGUUUAAUUUUUUGUUUCGUAGAUUCUAAUUCUCUUUCCUCUCAAAAUCGAGAACUCGCUUGCCAAAGAUUGUUGGAGAGAUGUGUCGUUUUUCUCGACGAGACACGCGAAAGACACGAAACGUGGCGACUAAAAGGGGGAUGAAAUUUAGAUGGAAGUGACGAGAGAAAGGAGUAAAUAUCGAGGGAAGAGAUAAGGGAGGUCUAAUUGGGAAGACAUCGGAUAAACGUGGAGGGAUGGAGAAAGGUGAAAAAUUACGGAGGUAGAUUUAUAAAAGUACAUAAGCUUUGUCUUCCUCUGCUGGACGAUCUGUCCUUAAAAGAGAGAUAGAAAGAGAGAGACUUCCAUCGCAAUCUACUCCCGUGUAAUCCGUAGGGCGCCAACUUUCCAGACACCUACUCGCUGUCUACGAGGAAGAUGACUCGAGACUUUUGGUUUGGAAACAGUCCAUCGGUUUCUUAAUCCCUCGGUUCUCUUAACCUGAAAAUAAAAGAAAAAGAGGAAAGAAAGAAACGUAUCCAAUCUCAUCUAGCACGAUAGAGUAACAAAUCGUUAUCGACCGACGAAAUCUUUUUUUAAUCCUGUAAUCUUGGUGGAAUAAACUCGAGAAGGGAAUAAUAAUGAAAAGUACUAAUCGUCAACAAGCGAAACGAUCGAAGAGGGAUUCCCUUCUCGUCGUCUAACGGGGAAGGAUCGAAAGGGAGAUCGAAGGAGCAAUUAUAUAGGAGAGGAUCAAGGACACAAGGACGAAGAAAAAGGAGACGGGCGAGACGGAAUAGGAAGAAAUAUGAAAAGGAUGAAAAGAAGGGGAGGGGAAAAAAUAAAAGGAGAAGCAGACGAAGAAGAAGAAAAAGAAGUGGAAGAGGAGGAGGGGGAAGGAAAUGGGGUCCAGGACGGGGAUUGCGGACUCGAAGGAGCGAAUGGACCUCGCCCCUGGGGAUGUUCUUUUGACAGUCAUGUCGCUGUCGUCUCCUAAGGUCCCCCGGCGGCGUUGCAUUAAUCUUCUUCUUCCGACCCCGCCUUAUUGAAAAUUCUACAGAACGCUUCACAGUUUUUGCCCCCGGUCCGCCCUUUGUACCCCCGCCUACACCUCCGGGGACGUCACCUACGGAGAGGAGGAUUCACCUGCGGAGAGAAGAGAGUCGAUCGUCGCGGCUUCCGUCUUGUCUCGUCUCGCCUCGUUUCGUUUUCCAUUGAAAACCUUUCUAUUAGGGAAUCGGUUAAAUGCCAAUUGCCCGAAUAAUUCGUUGCCAGUGAUAUCUUGAAAAUUCUCGACGAAUACACGAAGGAACUUGGAGGAAGGAAAGAUCCGCUGGACGAAGAAAGAAUUUACUGUAACCCGUGUUUGCCAAUGUUCCGGAUAUUUCGGAUACAAGUCGAAACAAGUCUUAGUUUCGAGAUAAAAAGAUUCUUGGGAUUUUUUGCGUUCGGCAUCUUGAUAUCUCGACAGAAAAACGAACACCGACCUCAAAAAUUCUAUAAAUUCGCUCGUGUUCUAAGAUCCAGGGGUGUUUCGUGAACUUUUGAAAAAGGAUCAAUUUAUAUAAAAUUCUACAAAAUCCAUGAUGUUCUAUGAGAAAACUCAUACCCUUUUUAUUUUUCAAUCUCGUCCUAUUUCUUACUCCAUCCAGAAAUACGGAGGAAGCAACGAUAUUACGUCGAGUCGGCGUUCGAUUAACGCCGGUUAGAUCGUCGAAAGUCUGAUUCCUCAUCUUUUCGUGUAUACAACUUUCGACUUUUCGUUCGUUCGGUCGAGAAGAAGAAAAAGGAAGAAAGAGAAACUCGGUGGAGAAUAAUUCGGAGAAGAUAGUGGACACCGAGGAUCGUUAAUCGCGGAUCGAGACGAUGUUUUCACGCGUAUUCGCGCUCCACUUUCUAAUUCGGCGAGACAUGGCCGCCGUUUCUCGCCACGCAUCGCCUACGCCCCGAUACGAGCGCUGCCACGCCGAUUUCACGCCUUCACAGUCAUCUCGAGUGUCCGUCUCUUCCCACUUUCCUCCAUCCCUAAUGCACCACCGCCCGAACACGCUUGACUCGGCCGCGAGACGUCUCGGCCGGGCAUCGAGGAUGUUUUGGAAUUCGGUGUGGGGAUUCGAGAGCAGAUUCUGUUAAGAGUAGUAUUGGAGGAAGGGAAAGCGUGUUUUAGUGGAAUCCGCGCGAGCGUGGAUUUGGAGAUAAUUGAAAUAUUUCUCUUUUACGGGUGGGAAGAUUGAAAUUGGAAAAGUGGAAUUCGCCGGAUUUCCCCGCCGAUAAAAUUGGCAAACCGUGAAUGAUUCCAUUAUGCGUAUGAUGAAUUAACCAUCUAUUCCGAUCGAAUCGAUUGUCUAAUUGUCUAACGGAUUCUGUUCGAGUUUUCAUCUUCUCUGUUCGCAUCUCGGAAUCGUCGCAAGAAGAAACUAUCGAAUACCGUCGAAAUAUCGAUUCGUAUAGAAGAAAAUACGUGUUCAUGGUAUAUUUGUAAAAAAAAUUAGCUCGAAAAUAGAUUCUCUUCUUACGAGCACUUAUUAUUUCUUCCCAAAUUUUAUUUGAUCAAAUUCGUCCGAUCGAUGCACACUUUCGAUGUUUGGGGAAAAGGCGUGGAAAAAGAGUAUGGUCGAUAAAUUUUAUCCAAAGGAUCAUCGGAAGAAAACGGCGAAUAUCUUUACCGAGCAAACAAGUUUAACUUUGUUUCAAAAAGUUCAGCAUUCGCAAAGACAAGGCGUCGAUUACGAAUCACGAAGCCGAAAUUUAAGAGAAAAGCAACGUGAUCCAAAGCGCGUGUUAACCGUGGAAUCGUCGAGGCGUGACGAGCACGGUUUUGAAAAUUAAAUUUGGAUCUUGGAAAAUGGGUUUCAACUUCUCUCUCUCUCUCUCUCUCCUCGGAAGAGACCCGCAAAGUUCGAGUUCCUAAGCUGUGCGAUGUUUGAGCGAGAAGAUGGGGAGGGGGAGGGGAGCGAAGACAGGGAAGUUGCGCAACAAAUAUUCUCAUUGUUAACUUUGCCAGCUAUUCCACUCAUCAAAACGUUACAUAAGGGGUUGGUGGAUGUAACGCGACCCUCUAGUUUUCGCCUCUCGUUAAACGUUACGAAGUUACGGGGCGAGCACGGAUUUUCCAAAAGGUUAUAACUAUAUAGGCUGGAAUUGGGAAAAUUCGUUUGGAAAAUAUCGCGAUAAUUAUCCCCUCCUAUAUUAACUUUCGUCUGAUAAUGCUCGCUCGUUAAAACGCGACGCUCAUCCCCGCUCAUCUCAUUAAAAUCAAGAAUAAUUAAAACCGAUAUCGAAUCCUCAAGACACACAACAUGCAAAUUUAACGGUUCUUCCAUUACAUGGUUCGUGUAUAAAUAAUUCUAUUAACCGUGAAUCCUUUUGGUUUAUCACAAUAAACCGGGUAUAUACGAUUAAUUUUCGAAUUUACAUUAAUGGUUUUGGAUCGUGUUUUUACAUACGAAAAUUGUAUAAUUUUCGGGAGAACAUAAAAUAAUUAAAUUAUAAUUUGCUUCGUUGCUCGGUUAUUUCAAUUAUCAAUGUCAUUCGAUUCCUCGCGAGGAGAAAUGUUAUGAUUUCCAAAGUAGAAAUGCGCGAUAUAAUUAGAUAUUAAUUGUAACGUCACGAAUUUCUGAAGUAAUUAACCCAAAUUUUGCCGAGCGAAUAUUUUACUUUGAAAAGAUAUCCAUCCCAUUUCUCGAGGAAAUCAAACUUUUCCCCCAAAAACCAAUUAAGAAUAACGAUAAAACUUUUCGCGGGUUGAAAGAAUCAUCUCAAUUGUUGUCCGAAUAUUUCUUCGAAAAAACAUCAAUCGAUAUCCAGCCCCCCUUCCAUCCAUCCAUCCCCUUCUCAAGAGAAUCAAAUUUACUCAAUUUUCAACAUUAGCAUCAACGGCAAGAAAUCUUCUCAAAUCUCCAGGAUUCAAUCCACGCACCUUGAACCGACAUCCAUCCUUCCCUCCCAACGAAAUCAAACUCUCGUUUCCUCUUCCGUUCCAGAAUCCACGGGGGCAACGAGGAAAGGAGCGGAUCCACGGGGCGCCCGCUCGUAGCCGCGUUAUCAAUCAGUCUUAUCGAUAGAAGGUCCUCGACCCCCGUGGUCUGGUACACGAGUCCCGUCCCUCGACGUCGCCGUCGUCUCGCGAUGCCCGAUAAGCUCGUCGCGACGUCGUGACUCGCGGGAAAGGACGUGAGCAAGGGUCCAGGGGGCGAGGUUAAUUCGGCGUUAAUGCGCCGGGAAAUUGGUAACGUUGCUCCUCCUCGAACGGGGACCCAAUUUUCCUUUUUUUUUUUCUUUUCUAUUUCUUUUUCCACGGCGAGUUAUUCAUCAUAAAAGAAGGCCAGGUUGACAAGAAGGAAGGUCGAGGACGAUUAAUUUUGGAAAUGGAGAGCGUGGCCUCUAUUCGAAGGAGAAAAAGAUUGACGUUGUAAUUGCUCGAGGGGAUGUUCUCCUCUCUCUCUCUCAGAAAAAUAUCGUUUUAUUUGUUUGUUGAAGAUCGGUUUGAGAAUUCGUUGCAUUUAUCUUUGGAUGAACAGAGACUGCGGAUGUUUGUACGAAAUUCGAAUGUACGAACGAAACGUGCAUUGGCUCUUGGAAAAAAGUAUCUGGAGAAUCGUUGCACGGGAAUCAGGCGCAUUAACCCCUUUGCGCAUCUCGUGGCGAAUUACUUUUUAUCGACAAGCAAUUGUCGAUAUGUAUGUAUAAAUGUUUUUUCGUUUUCUUUUAAAGGAUCGAAAAGAUUCUUCUUCCUUUCUUUGUUGGUUAGAGAAACUCUAUCAAUGGAAAUUCUUCGUCUGUGACGAAGAAGAAAAUUAUUACCGCGGUUAGAAUGUUUUACUUCUUCACAAUUUCCCAUUUCCGCUAUUAUUUUAAUAUCAGCCACGUCUUGAUAGAAUAUCGAAUAAUUGUCCCAACGAAAUUGGAAUGUAUGGAACCUUUUUCUCCCGAACAUUUUCCCUUUUUUUCUUUUUUUACUUUCCUUUACAAACGACGUACCAUUAAUCGUCGAGUCAAGAAAGCAGACGAAUUCAAGAAAAGAAAUAUUCCCCCCUAAGAAGAAAAAAGAAAAAAUGGGAACGAGACCUCUCUCAUUGAUACGCUAUCGACGAGACUUUUAUCACCGGGGCAAAAGACGAACGGCGUUGUAAUUAUUCUCCCAUGAAAAUCGUUCGCGGUCUCGUCCUCGAGUGUUUUAAAUCUUCCACCCUUCUCUCGCGACCUCCUCCAAUCGUCCUUCCCCCCUCCAGUUUUCCUUCCUUCCUUUUUUUUCUUCUUCUUCUUCUUCUUCCAGCUCGCCGGCUCGGUACAUCAUGUAUUUUACAUGGACGAGUCUUCGACGAAAACGAAGGACGAAAAACACAGGGCUACAUCUCAUGGAAAUAGGAUGUAUUUACCCUUUCUGCGUGCUUGCAUCAAUCUUCCCCUUGGUUACUCGUUUUUCCCCUCCCUCGACUGAUCAAACAUCUUUUCGCCAACUUUUGCGCGAAAAUAUUGGUAGAAAAUUAGGGAUAGAACGGAAAGGAGAGUAAGAGAAUGACGGAUUUUUUCGUCGCUUCGAAUUUUCAUCUCCUCGGUCCACAGUUUUUAUCUUCUCCUCUUCUUUCAAAUUCGAUUCGUUCCGUUUCGAAAUCGAACGGAAUAUACAUGACGUAACGCUUAUGUUACAAUCGACAUGGUUAAUUAACGGCCUUGUGUGCGCCGCACGCGUCAUACAUAAAGCGAACGGCCACGCGUUCCGAUCGUCAUUAACGGAUCUCCACCGUGACUCCUCGUGUCUAAUUACAAGUCUUACCGCGCCUCCUCCCGUCCCAUUGUCCGUUCAAUCCAACAUUUCUUGCGGGCUUUUGCCGUGUCGACUGCCAAUCAAAGUGACCCAUUAUCCUGGACGAUCGACGUUCCCGCUCCUGUCACGUCCAACCUUCACGGAUUCGGACAGCUGAUCCGGGCGGAAAAAGCGAAACAAGAUUGCGUACACCGCCACCGUGCGCGUAUCGUAUAUUCUCUCUUCUGUUCCAAUGAUUCCAUUAUUAUUUUACUCGCGUUCGUAUAAAGUAAAAUUGCUCCGUAAUUUUUCACAUUGAAACGAUUAUCGCACAAUCGAUAUGUCAAUCGAUGUAUAAUAGAAAUAAAAAUUUCUAUGCUCAGGAUUUAGAGAAACGAACACUUUGAAGUUUCUAAAUAAUCUUCCAGAGAAAAAAUGAUCGGAAAGAGUAUCAUUUUUAUCUCUCAACGAGACACGAAGAAUAUACUCGUAUUUCCAAAUACGUUCUCUCGCUCGGCGUUUCAAUUCAAUUAGCCGAGGCGUCAAAGUAAUUUUUAAACGAAGGUCCAUCGAUCACGAUCAAGAUUCGUUCUCGUGGACGGAUACGGAAUAGGUGGAUACCGAUUAGUCGCGAAUCUUACUCAGUCGCUCGAUCGUCCCGUUAAUUCCGCCAUCAUCCGGGUAUCGAGAUUAAGGAGAUUCGAAGCCGCGCUUAAUUUGAGAACCCUCGUUCCCCCGUCACGUGUAAACACACGACGACCCUUUGGGCCAGAUUUCCCAUUAGAUUAGAGAAAUCAAAGGCUUACGCGUCUUGCAACCCCCCGUUCACCCUUUGAAAUAUGCACAGACCUCCUUACCCCACCUCACCCUCGCGCCUUCGUGGAAUUUUCUGUUUAACGCCAUCCACGGAUUCGCCCCUCUGACGGAUGAAGCAAUUCUCCUAGUUUCAAUGUCUUCCCACUCCAUCAUUGUCUCCUUUCCUCCAAAUCCCGAGAUCUUUUAAGAAAAAAAGAUACUUAGGAGACAGGGAGAAGGAAAUCUCCACGAGUCCUCUUUUUUUUUUUUUAUUUAUAACUAUUACUCGUGACUGAAAAGGUGUGCGCGUUUAAUAUUUUAAGAUUAAAAGCGGAAUAAAAAUAUUCCGUAGAUUUCUUUUUUAAGUUCGCUCUUCUCUUUGGAAUUGAACAAUGUGUCAAUUUUCUUGCUCCUGCAAUUUCUAACCUUUUAUGCGGGAUAUUUUCAUAUCUCCCUGCUUCGAUUGUUUAUUCCAGUUUCCACCAAUUUCGAUCUCUACGGAUUUCAAGAAUAUUUUGUAUUAAAACACACGCUGCGAAACACGUAUCGCGUUGUUGAUUAAAAAAAAAGGAGAGAGAACGCGAUCAACGAUCCAAUUUUCAAACGCGAAAUUUGUUCAAAAAAACCUGUAAAUCUGUAAACUCGACGGCGAUCAAUUCCUCGUGUGACGCAUUGAAAUGGCGGUUUUCUUCGACAUCGUAGUUGAAAAAUAGCCGACUAUCGAUUCGAGGCGGCGUUUGUUAAUCGUCGACGAGAAAGCAAUACGUUCACGCCGUGUGUGAAAUCGACCGAUCUUUUCACCACCAUCUUUUUUCCUUCUUUUCCCCCUCCCCCUUCAUCCUUCUUGGACUUCUUCACUCAAGAUCCGUUACGAUUAAUAAUAUCCAUCCACCCCCCAAAAAAGGGUCGCGUGACAAACGAAAAACAGGCGAGAAAGGAAGGGGAUCGUUCGCUCUCGACGACUUGACACAUUUUGCUCCUCACGCACCUUUUUUUUCUUGUUUUUUCUAUCUAGAGUCUCGAGAAUCUCUCGUUCGAAGAUCUGCAAGAUUUCUGCAAGAUUGUCUUUUUCUCGAGAGGAUGCGGAGAAGUUGAACUCGAGGAUGGGAUAGCUCGAUUUAUUGUGGAUAUUGGGAUUUUUGCAAGAUCUCGAACGUCGAUUCCCGUCUUUGUAGAAAUCUUCGUCAUUCUCGAAGCAAACAAACAGGCUUCGUUUUUUCUUUUUUUUUUAUUUCGCGAUUACAAUUUAAAAGUAUCGAGUAACUGAAGGAAACAACGAGUUUCAAAUAUUUCGAAUAAAAUUAACCGUUUCGAACAAUCGAACGGAAUCGAUAUUUACACAUACCCCGAAAUUCCAAUUCCAAAUAAUCAAACAAAAAUAAAUCGGCGUGCGUGGUACGAGCGAAACUCGAAGCUAUCUAGGCCACAGAUUACACAUCGGCAACAUAUCCUACUUUUAUACCCUACAUAUUUCUAUCAUAGUCAAAUAUAACGUUGAAUAAAAAUGUCUACCGCCUCCUUUCAAUCUCUUCGUAUUUCUCUUUCUCUCACGAUCGAGACAAAAAUCAUGAUUGGUUACAUCGAUCCACCUGGCCUCUUCCGGCCCUCGUUCUUCCGCAUCGCGUAACACAAUGUCGAGGUACACGUUCAAAUAGCAUUUUCGAGCACAAACGUUUCCCCAAGUUCUCCUUUUUACCAAGAAACUUUCGAGUAAAUAUUAAUUUCAAGGAAGAAAGGAGGUAUUCGAGCGUCGCAACUCGAACCCGCAACCUUUCCCAAACCCAAAAGUGAAAGGUUGGAAAAGGUCCUUUGUUAAUCUCGCGGUCACGUAUAUGAGGGAUUCACUCGAAAGGAAUCUUGGCCGGAAACCGGCUACCUUAAAUUUCGCCAGGAACGUGGUGAAUGGAGCGGGAGAACGGUAAGCGUGGAGAAUUAUUUAAAACGCCCUCCUCCCCUCCCUCCAUCGAUCGAUCGAACGAACGCGCGAGCCCUCCCGUUUCAAUUUUCCCUCCCGAAAAUAAUGGGGGCCGGGAUAACAAUGACGAUACCCGACAAUGACGCUCGAAUUACGAAUAAGAAUAAAACGAUUAUCGAACGACGGGGGCAUCUCCUCGUCAAUCGACGGCCACCGCCGCCAGGAAUCGCGGCCUGCUCGAUAACGUUAUCGAUCCGCGAUAUCGGACGCGGCACGCGCUUGCGUGCCGCCGCCGCUUCCGUGCAUGCGGAAGUGCACGCGUCUCGCGCUUUACUGCACGAGCCUGAUCAAUCGCACGCGCGUCGCCCAUGGGGGGCCAAGGAGGGGCCAGUCAUGAUUCUCGCCCCUUUGAAUUCGAUUCUCGAGGAAUUAAGGGAAUUAAGGGAGGGAGAAGAAAUCGAGGGGUUUGUCGGGUCGAGGGUGAUAGGAUAGCUGCGUGGAUCCUCUUUCCUCGUUUCAUUCUUCGUUUCGAAAGAGCAGAGGACGUGAAAGGAUGCGUGGAACGAUAUAUAGGGGAAAAGGGGAGGGAGGGUUGUUCCCUUGUUCGAAGAGAGGGGUCGCGCGCGCGGUGUUUAAUGUUUUAUGCCUGCGUAUAUAUCCGCGUCCAACUUGAGACGGGGAAGGGAGCUCUCCAUCCAACCGCUGUUAUAUUUAUCACUCUGCUCGCCACCGCUACUUCCACCCUGUUAUCGGUUAAAUGGUUAUUAAAUGAAUCGCUUUGGAACGAGCACCCUUCCCCGUCUUCGUUCUCUAACUUGGCGGGUUCUUUCCGCGGGUUCAUUUGGCUGGAAGUUUUCUCGAUUGUUGUUAUUCGGGGUUCAUCGAUCAGCUUGUUGGUUGGUGGUGCACCAAAGUACAUGAAUUAUUUUCUUUAUAUAAAAAUUAUUCGAAUAGUAAGAUAUUCGCGUAUCUUUUCGCGUUGGAAAAUAUAAUUUUAUGAAGGAGGAAUGUGGGACAAUUUACGCGAUUCUGAGAUCGUUGAGCUGUGGCACGCUGCGUCGAGUCAAGAGCGAAGAAGUCUGGAAUUUGCAUGCGUAUAAUGGUCGAAGGAGGGACGCUUUGAUCAGCCAUCAAGAAAUAAAGGGGGAAAUUCGAGCGGACCCCCUAAGUCGAAAUUGAUUUUGCCAUUUUGCCGCGCGUUCUCAUUACCGCGCCGCAGUCGAGCCUCGAGCGAAUCGCCGAUUCACUCUCGUCCUUAAUGCAAAACCGAUUACCGAAAGUGGCCGUAGAAGAAGAAACGUAAUACCCUCCACUAUCGAAACACCGGAUUAUCACCGCGUAUCGCUCUUUCUCUGCAGAUAGAACUUGAAAAGGAAAAAAAAAAAACAUACAAUUUUUAACCAAUGCUCGAACUACCAUGAAACUAAAUUCAAAGUUAUCCUGUCGAAAAAAUUGUAUCAAUUUUUCUUUUGUAUACGCGAUUUUAAUCUCUAAAUAAACAGCGAAAUCGAUAAACGUCCACUUUGUAUAGCAUGGACGCAAUAUACGCGAGCCAAGUGGUUAAAUCGAAUUUGCAUUCGUCUUUGCUCUUCACUUUCUCUUAUCCAUUCUACAUCCACACGCACAUAAUCGAACAGGUAUAGCAACGAGUGCUUGCCUCCUCUUAUUUUUCAUUAUCUCUCGAAAAGUCUCGUGGAAUUUCGUCUCUCUCCCUCAACCAUCCGCCACCGGAGAACAGUGGAACAUCUCGGCAACGAUAAAUUCGUUGGCCGUAAAAUCGAAAGACAGGGAAGAUAGAGAACGUGUCGAGGCAACGAUUCGUCGCAAGUUUUCUCGGAAAGUGAAACGGAUCUCCGUCAAUUAUCGCGAUUUCACGUCGUCGUCGUGUCGUCGUUAUCGAUUCCCCGACACUUGGACGCGAAGGAAUCGAUCCGUGGACGUCCGAAAUAAAUUCGCGGUUUGCGUCGUUGCGGACGAGGGUUGCCGCCGCCCUUUGCCAGCAGACAAGAAGGGGGAUGCCCGUUGGCCCGACAUUCUAUUUACCCUGGAGACGCCGAUAUUAUGCAAUCGAUGGCGGCCCCGUGUCUUGGCGAGAACCCCAUCGUUUCGACCGUCGCCCCGCCUCCCGUGUUUUUCCAUGUUUAUUUACUCCCCCCGUUUAACCCUUUUGAAGUCGUGUUUUCUCUACGGAUGUACAUUCGACCAUUCGGUUAACCGACCGAACUUUUCGCAUCGAGGUGGAAAAUAGAGGAUGAAAAAUUUCUAAUCCCUCCCCGUGGAUUAACGAGUGUAGAAGAAAUUAUACAAAUUUUCGCCGAGAAUUGAACGUAAUUGUCACAUCGAGAAAUAGUAUUUAUUGAUCCGGUCAUAACUUGUUGGCGAAGAUUGAGAUUAAACCGACGAAAAAAUGGGCAACGGCCCAUAAUUUCCAUCCCAUCCAUCGAUAUUCGAGCAGGAACUUGUCCAUCUUCCUCCGCAACCUAACCGUUCAUCAAUCAAAGCCGUACGUGCAUUUAACCGCGGAAUCCCACCACCACGGGCUAAUCAUUAUCCUCCACGUCGUUUGCGCUUCAUUCGCCGAGUGAAAAA